AUGGUUCAAAAAGCUCAGAGGUUACGUUUAGUGGAUGGAGGAAGCCGCUGUUCUGGCAGGGUGGAGUUUGAAGACAAUGGUAUCUGGGGCACUGUAUGUGAUGACAACUGGGACCUGACUGAUGCUAGUGUUGUGUGCCAGCAACUGGGUUGUGGAUGGGCCAUUCAGGCUGUGAAUGCCUCUUUUUUCCAAAAGGGAACAGGCCCCAUCCAUUUGGAUGAAGUAAAAUGCUCAGGGAAUGAAUCUUAUUUGUGGGACUGUCCCUCUGAGAAGAACCAUGACUGUGGGCACAAGGAAGAUGCUGGUGUGGUGUGUUCAGAUCACCAGGAGUGGCGCUUAUCAGGUGGACUGGAUGCUUGUGCUGGCCGAGUGGAAGUCUACUACAAGGGUGUCUGGAACACCGUAUGUGAUGGUAGCUGGUAUCAGCAACAAGCCGAUUUGCUCUGCCGCUUCUUGAAGUGCAGCAAUGGGGCCUUACGACCAAAGGUGCCCUUUGACCAUACACUUCUGGGAAAGAUGUAUUAUGACUGUUCUGGAAAUGAAAACUCACUUGCCCAGUGUUUAUGGCGCUACAACAACUCCAAUCUGUGUGACCAGUCCAGAGCUGCGGGUGUGAUAUGUAAUGGCUCACAGGGUUUGCAGAUCUCAACAUAUCCAGACACAGGGACUCCAGGCAGUCCUCUGCCCACUACACGUUUCGCUAUACAUGAGGACUCGGGAGACAAGAUACCAUCAUACCAGAUGCUGCUAAUCCUCUGCAUCAUCCUGGGGUUUCUACUUUUUUUGGCCAUGCUGACUCUUAUUGUUUUGCUGAAUAAACGAAGGAAACACGAUACCCUCGCCCAUGGCUUCUCCUCAGCUUCAUUAACAGCUCCAGUCCUAAUGAAUCACAGCAUGCAGGUUUCAGGGAUGACCACUGGAAUGGGUAAUGACUAUCGGGAAAUACCCACAAGCAUUCCCAAAGGAGAAGCAACGGCAGUGACGAUUGCAUCUCAUACUGAAGAGUCUGACUCUGAUUAUGAACACUAUGAUUUCAAGGACAAGCCACCCGUGGCACUCUCUACAUUCUACAAUUCUCUUCGUCACCGAGCAGCUGAUACAGACAUUUAUCCAUGCAACAUCCCCAUGACAGCUAUGCAGGAGGAGAGUGAGAGUAUGUAUCCACUUCCAGGGAGCUAUGUACAAAAACAGCCUACAGCUGAGGGCAGCUCCAGUACUUCCUCUGGAGAUGAAGAAUGGUAUGAGAACAUCCACAAACCAGAGCAGCAAGAUAGCCUUCCAAGACAAGAGCCUUUCCUUGGAGGUUUGACAAAUCUUUCCCAACCCUUGGUGAACUGCAAGGCUGCGAUUGGCUCUUCUGAUAGCAGUGAUUAUGAUGAUAUGUGGCCCUCUGAGUGUUAGGGGUGAAGCUGCUUUAAGGUUGCAGCUCCUUAUUUUCUUCAGAAAAAGCUGAGAAUGAAAAGCCUGAGAACAGAAAUGGACUUCUUGUCACAAGCUCCUCUGUGAAGAUUCAGUGGGGUGAGAGAAAAUAAACUGAUCCCAGAAUCAAAUCCCAUCCACAAUGAACUAUCAAUUCCCAGUCCCAGCUAGGGAUAAAAUGAGGAUA